UGUCGCUCAAGUUGGCCGUUGAAUUGUCUGCAUUUCAAGUCUUGGGUGCCUCCACUUCGCGCUCUCUUCGUAUUUAGAGGAGGUGGAGAAGUGAAAUAGGUCAACUUUGCGUUGUAGUGGAGGCCUAUAUCGUAGCGCUAUCACAAAAACUCGCUUGCACAGAAACACGACAUUUUCAAGGAAGGAUUUGAAAAGUUGGUUCUGGUGUUUCCAUUUAAUCAAGGAGGCGUGGAGCGUUGUGAGCGACUUCACGCGGGCCCAGAAAGAAGAGAGCUCUGGAAAGUUCUGCUCGUAGAUUCACACUCUCUAGGAGACGGGUUCUUUCGAUAUUAGAAUUGUCUGCGUCAUUGUCUCCUUCACAGUGUGGAGGCAAGGAAGGUUGUAUAAGCUGAGACCAUUCAAUUUCAAAGCCUCAAAGGUCUCAUGCUGUAAGAUGCAGUGCUUCGUAAUUGCGCCAUGAGUACUGACUUCAACGCACAGUUUUGAACAUUUUGUUCAAUUUACGUUUGCAGACGUAUUCGAGAAGGUGUGGACGGCCCCUCCAGUUUUAUAACUGGUGCUCUGCCCUUACAAGCAGCAGAAGGCAUGAGUGCAGGCGUGCAAACACGCAGCGCCGUGAGAGGACCGAGGUCUCAGUCUCUUUUUUACCGGGACUUGUCUGCUUCUCCCGCUACUCGAGCCUCAGCUCUUAAAGGAGAUGCCACGACUCCCAAUACUACAGCUGCAGCCUUGUGGAGGGACAAUGUUGGGGGAAUAGAUCCCCCUCCUCCUCCAUUCUACACACUUGAAGAUCGGAUCGAGCGCUCCCCUGAAUCCACGACAGAUCUAUUAUUUCGAUCGCCGGAGCCCAAAUUUUCAACGAGCAAGGGUUCCUUUCCUAAAACAGUACAUUCGCCUCCCAAUGGUAGAGGAGGUUAUGGUCUUCCAUAUGGAGAAAAUCUGGGAGCACAAGGAUCACCUGGUACUCCCCAGACACGAUCUUCUCCUGGUAGCAAUUCUUGGUGGUCACCAUUGAGAGAACGAGGAGGUUUUGAUAAUGGACUCAAUAGUAACACCCCUGACAAGGAUGGAUGCAGUCCAGUUUCAGGAGUUGUACAACAACCGCAGUCAGGAGGUUUGCUCACGUUACCAGCUCCGAGGGAAAUAGUUCGUCCAGGCCUGCAGGGCAAUGCCUCGUACGAAAAAGGCACUGAAGGCGAAGAAUGGGUUACCGUUUUUGGGUUUGGUGUGGAGGAGACCAAUGCGGUUAUGAGGGAAUUUGAGAAAUGUGGGCCAAUCGUAAAUCAUGUCUCAGGUCCAGGGGGUGCAAACUGGGUUCACAUUCAAUACCAGAAUUUUUAUGAUUCUCAAAAAGCUUUACAGAAAAAUGGGAUACAACUCAAUGGCGCGCUUAUUGUUGGUGUGAAGCCUCUGGACCCUUUGCAGCGUCAAGCUCUUUCAGAGAAGGUCAGCAGAGGUGGACUCUCUUAUAUGGCUCUGCCUUCACGAACACCUGUCAGGAAUACUACCACUCCAGUGAAACAGUCUUCAUGGUCUUUUUCCUCACAACCUUCAGAAACAGGACCAACAUCACGCUCUGUUGCAGCGAUUGCGUCCCCUGCGAAGUCAACGCUUUCUAAGCUUGUUGACAUUGUAUUUGGUAUGUAAGUUCGCAGUAGAGAGGUGACACUUUGUGUCAUAUAAUGCUCAAACUUGUUCGUCCAUGAGUACGUCAUUGACGGCUGCAAGUGACUUUCGGUGUCUACGGCACUUAUGUCUUACUUUCACAUGGGUGAAAGACCUAUCUCAAGCCGAUACUCCUCAACUCGGCCCCAUGGGUAGGGAUCAAGAAGUGGUUGUAGUUGGCUUCUCUGUUUGUAGCAGCAUUUGUAUGCACGAUUUUCGCCAAGAGGUGCAUCAUCUGCUGCUUCGUUUAUCUCAUCUAGUUAGAAUUAUUUCAGGUGCAGCUGGAUCAUGGCUGAGGUCGACAGAGUGGUUGUUAUUUAAACACAACUUAUCGGUUAUCGAGCUGGAAUUAAUUUAAUGGGAGAUUACUUAAAUGAGCAUCCUUAUAAUUCCAUAGAGUGCGAUGUUAACUCUUGAAGCAGAGAUAGGUACUAUAUUUGUGCAGUGUUACCACUACGAUCUGGGUUCAAAAUUUUUUCUGACUCUUGCUACUCUGCGUUAUGAG